AUGGGUUCUGUAGACUUUUGGCGCAGGGCUAUAUCCUUCGUUUGCAUCUUACCGAGUCUCCGUUAUCCACUCGUUGCUCGUGCCGAGGGAUUUACUUUCCCUACAGAAAAGGCGGAUGAGUUCAUCACCGGAGACCUCGUCAAUGUGUCCUGGAAUGUGGUGACAUCGCGCAUGUCGCUCUAUGAGGUCUGCAGCUCAACAACUCCCCUGGAAUUAAACAUCACGAAUAACUAUAGUUACGUCUGGACUGCGACCCGCGACAACUAUAGAGAAUCAGGCUGUGCCUUUGAGCUCGAACCGCUUGAUCAGUUUGGAGCCCCUAACCCCCCGAAUCUGACCAGUGGUUUGUUUGGAGUGAGCAAGCGCUAUCGCGACGAUCCUGCCCCGACUUCCUAUAAUUUUGCAGAUGCGACCAAUACUAUGGAACCCUCUUCACCUGCAAUCUAUUCACUUGAAUCAUAUCCAUCCGCAUCCUCUUCGUCGUCAUCCACAUUCACACCAACGUCCACAUCCGCGUCCUCUUUCCCGCCCUCUACAUCCUCCUCACAUUCAACCUCUUCCCUGUCGUCUGUGUCCUUUGCGUUUGCAUCCUCUCCACACUCAUCGAAGUCCUCCUCAUCUUCGUCAGUUUCCUCACCUUCCCCAGCCACCACCGCCAACCCCUCAAACGCAGCAGUCGACACACCCCCUCCCCCAAAUAUCUCCACAUCAACCCCAGAAAAGGCGAAGAAAUCCGAACUCAGCACUGACCAAAAAGAAGCUAUUGCCCUGGGCGUUCCACUCGGUUUCCUAGCCAUCUGUCUAGCUGGAGCUCUUGCCAUUAUGUGUCAGCACCGCUGGAAAAAGACAACCAGAAGAGAGAAACAAAUUGCUCUGGGACCAGUCAUGGUCGAAAUGGUGAAGGAUUCGUCCGAAAGCUGUGUGAUCCGGUCCAGGACGAACCUCGUAGAGUUGCCGGCUCCGAGCUACGGGUCCGAAGAGAUGAAUGUGGCGGGUGUUUGGCGCAUUAGCGAGUUGAUGGGCACGCCGAGGAAUGAAAUCCAGUGA